AAAGAACUAGCAAAGAGGCAAACCAAUGAAAGUCCGGUGAUCGUGAGAGGAAGGAGACUGCCGACCUGAUGUUCCAACGAGUGUGAGACAAAUAUCUGCAAGUGGGUUACAGAGAUAGACGUUAUCAAGGCCGUUUCUGGCAACCGUGGCCGGUUCUACUGCUGUUAUUUUGUUGCAAUAUUUCAGUGAUGCAAUCACAGGGCAGCACUUCCUCCCAGCCCUCUGUUGAUUCGCUGAGCUCCAGUGACAGCUACCUGUUCAACCACUCUGAGCAGGCGGAGGAUGACACUGACGUCUUCCUGUCUGAACGCUCCCCCGCCGUCAUCCUCGGCACUGGGGGCAUGGUCAGGGGCAACGGGAGUGCCGGGGCAGAGAGUCCCGAGUCCCAGUGGGCGUGUGACGGCUUCACUGACCGCGAGGAGGAGGAGUCACGGGGUUCAGAGGUCACUGGAGGUCACCCCAGGGUCACAGCUGAGAGACAGAGAACAAGCGAGACGGAGAGAGAGAAGACAGAGGGAGACCUGCUCUUUGCCCAGAAGUGUGCUGAGCUGCAGGGAUUUGUAAGGCCCCUACUGGAGCUGCUGAAUGGACUGAAGGGGGGACGAUUUGACCGUGGUCUGAGUAGUUUCCAGCAGAGUGCAGCCAUGGACCGCAUCCAGAGGAUCGUAGGGGUCUUACGGAGACCCAGCAUCGGGGAAAAGUAUAUGAACACUCUUCUCCAGGUGGAGACGAUGCUGAAGAUGUGGUUUCCACAGGUGUCCCCCUUGGCCCCACCUACUGCCCCUACCAUCUUCCCCCCUCACCUCUCCCCCCGGGACAGCCCCAGCAGCACCCCCCCACACAGGCACAGAGACCAGUCGCACAUCCCUGUGAAGAAGCGCAGACUGAGUUGGUCAGACACAGACUCUGACACCCCUCCUCCUGUACUCUUUAAGAGGCUCAACGCCGGUGGAGGAAAGGAGAGGAGGAAGGAGGGGGGAGACGUCCCCUCGGCAACUUCAGGGGUACCCCCACACCCCCAGGACCCCACCAGCAACCAAGAGAAUGAGAGAAAGGAAGAUGAGGACAGCAAAGAGGGAGAGGGCGAGUCAUCAAGCAACAAAGCGGGGCUCUGUUCUGAGCCCGGUCCCACCUUGGUUCUUGUAGUGCCCAUCCUUUCUCCCUGGAAACCAAUGGAGGGGAAACAGCUGCUGCCUGUCAUGCCACCUCCCACCACCAGGGGCGGUCCAGCCAUGCAGGACAGCGUAAUCUCUUCCACCACGCCCUUCAACAACCUCCAAAGUCAGCAGCAGCCAAUCGGGUGCCAAAGCCAGCCUGUUUCCGGGAUGACUGGGAAAAAGACAGUAAAGACCUGUCAGGGGCGGGUCCAGGCUCAUUCAAUCACGGCAAAGCCUUUGAAAAGGGGGGAGUGUAAGAGCAGGGUUAACCCCGCCCCUUUAUAGACCUGAUGCACUGAGCACACUCCUCCGCCCAGCAGGCUAGUGUGACUACGUCAACAUGCUAAAGCUGCUGUGAUAGGGAGAGUCAGGGGUAGAAAUAGGCUGCAGUCCAAACACUUUAUGUUUAGCCCCUCAGCCCUCGCACUAGCCACUCUCCCUUGGGGGAAUCCCCUUUGAAACCGGAUGCAGUUUGAUUGCCAUCUUAAGUGGAGGUCCAAUUCACUAACGUUGCCCCCUCGGCCCUCGAUUUAGCUCGAGGAAGCGAGUGAAGAACUUUGGUCACUUGUGGGGUUUAUAUGACCCACAAUUCAAUGCAAAUUGUAGUCAUGUAUCAUACUCCGGUGGCCGCGAAUGUCACGUCACUCACCACGGCUGCAUUUUCGGCCUGUCAGAAAAAAUGAUGAUUCUGGGGCAAAAAACGUAUUUAGUCAGCCACCAAUUAUGCAAGUUCUCCCACUUAAAAAGAUGAGGCCUGUAAUUUUCAUCAUAGGUACACUUCAACUAUGACAGACAAAAUGAGAAAAAAAAUCCAGAAAAUCACAUUGUAGGAUUUUUAAUGAAUUUAUUUGCAAAUUGUGGAAAAUAAGUAUUUGGUCAAUAACAAACAAGCAGGAUUUCUGGCUCUCACAGACCUGUAACUUCUUCUUUAAGAGGCUCCUCUGUCCUCCACUUGUUACCUGUAUUAAUGGGACCUGUUUGAACUUGUUAUCAGUAUAAAAGACACCUGUCCACAACCUCAAACAGUCACACUCCAAACUCCACUAUGGCCAAGACCAAAGAGCUGUCAAAGGACACCAGAAACAAAAUUGUAGACCUGCACCAGGCUGGGAAGACUGAAUCUGCAAUAGGUAAGCAGCUUGGUUUGAAGAAAUCAAUUGUGGGAGCAAUUAUUAGGAAAUGGAAGACAUACAAGACCACUGAUAAUCUCCCUCGAUCUGGGGCUCCAUGCAAGAUCUCACCCCGUGGGGUCAAAAUGAUCACAAGAACGGUGAGCAAAAAUCCCAGAGCCACAUGGGGGACCUAGUGAAGGACCUGCAGAGAGCUGGGACCAAAGUAACAAAGCCUACCAUCAGUAACACACUAUGCCGCCAGGGACUCAAAUCCUGCAGUGCCAGACUUGUCCCCCUGCUUAAGCCAGUACAUUUCCAGGCCCGUCUGAAGUUUGCUAGAGAGCAUUUGGAUGAUCCAGAAGAAGAUUGGGAGAAUGUCAUAUGGUCAGAUGAAACCAAAAUACAACUUUUUGGUAAAAACUCAACUCGUCAUGUUUGGAGGACAAAGAAUGCUGAGUUGCAUCCAAAGAACACCAUACCUACUGUGAAGCAUGGGGGUGAAAACAUCAUGCUUUGGGGCUGUUUUUCUGCAAAGGGACCAGGACGACUGAUCCGUGUAAAGGAAAGAAUGAAUGGGGCCAUGUAUUGUGAGAUUUUGAGUGAAAACCUCCUUCCAUCAGCAAGGGCAUUGAAGAUGAAACGUGGCUGGGUCUUUCAGCAUGACAAUGAUCCCAAACACACCGCCCGGGCAACGAAGGAGUGGCUUCGUAAGAAGCAUUUCAAGGUCCUGGAUUGGCCUAGCCAGUCUCCAGAUCUCAACCCCAUAGAAAAUCUUUGGAGGGAGUUGAAAGUCCGUGUUUCCCAGCAACCGCCCCAAAACAUCACUGCUCUAGAGGAGAUCUGCAUGGAGGAAUGGGCCAAAAUACCAGUGUGUGAAAACCUUGUGAAGACUUACAGAAAACGUUUGACCUUUGUCAUUUCCAACAAAGGGUAUAUAACAAAGUAUUGAGAUAAACUUUUGUUAUUGACCAAAUACUUAUUUUCCACCAUAAUUUGCAAAUAAAUUCAUUAAAAAUCCUACAAUGUGAUUUUCUGGAUUUAUUUCUCAUUUUGUCUGUCAUAGUUGAAGUGUACCUAUGAUGAAAAUUACAGGCCUCUCGUCUUUUUAAGUGGGAGAAUUUGCACAAUUGGUGGCUGACUAAAUACUUUUUUGCCCCACUGUAUAUAUGACAUUGAUUUUAGCGUUGCCAAAUUGGCUUAGUCUCGUAGUGAGGAGCCUAUAAAACCUAGCUAGCUUCAUAAACAUUUUUGGGAAUUCUGAAAUGUAUUGCAAUAAAUGACCAAACUGUAAAACUAGCUAGCCAGCUAUGGAGAACUGUAGCUAGCCAGCUAUGGAGAACUGUAGCGAGCCAGCUAUGGAGAACUGUAGCGAGCCAGCUAUGGAUAACUGUAGCUAGCCAGCUAUGGAGAACUGUAGCUAGCCAGCUAUGGAGAACUGUAGCGAGCCAGCUAUGGAUAACUGUAGCGAGCCAGCUAUGGAGAACUGUAGCUAGCCAGCUAUGGAUAACUGUAGCUAGCCAGCUAUGGAUAACUGUUGCUAGCCAGCUAUGGAUAACUGUUGCUAGCCAGCUAUGGAUAACUGUAGCUAGCCAGCUAUGGAUAACUGUAGCGAGCCAGCUAUGGAUAACUGUAGCGAGCCAGCUAUGGAUAACUGUAGCUAGCUAGCUAGCUAUGGAUAACUGUAGCUAGCUAGCUAGCUAUGGAUAACUGUAGCGAGCCAGCUAUGGAUAACUGUAGCGAGCCAGCUAUGGAUAACUGUAGCGAGCCAGCUAUGGAUAACUGUAGCUAGCCAGCUAUGGAUAACUGUUGCUAGCUAGCUACGUUAGCUUGCUAGAUACACGAAUAGCUGUGGGUUGGUUGUUUUUAAGCUCAACUUCAAUAUUUCCACUAAGGACGUUGCCUCCGAUCAUCACACUCUAAUUAGAAUUUGGACUGCAGCCAUGGUUUUAGGUGCUGAUGAGUUUCCUUCAUGAUGGAUCUUUUGCAACUCCCUAAACGCAAUUAGGACCAUUAAUGAAAAUGAUAUCUGAGAGACUACAGUUAUUACUACAUGAGAACAGAAUGUGUCCUUGUGAAUCAUAAUCACAGUUCCAUAAAUCAGAUUUUUUUGCACAAAUAGUGGUUGUAGAUUGGAAGGUUGGUAAGCACCUCUUAUAGCCCAUCGCUUGUUUAUAGAAUAUUGGAUUUCUGAUUGACCGAAUGAUAUACUCUCUUACUCCACUUAAGAAAAGGUAAAUGCUACUAUGCAAACUUAAUCGAAACGCUGUUGGCUUAGGAAUAUUUGGGAUUCAGGUGGUUGGAGGCAAGGAGGUGAGAGGUGACGAGGAGAGGAUGGUUAGAAGGACAGAUGGAAUAAGAUUUGGGGAUUAAGGAUAGUUAUAUUCCUGGAAUGAUAUUCCUGGAAUCUCCUCAGAGAUGAUGCUUCCAGUGAAUAACAGCAGACAGACAGUUCAAUAGACCGAGGCAUUACGGAUAGAAGUGAGGAAUAAUCAUUAGACUACUGAAUGACCUCUAGAGCUGAAUAACUGCAGACAGACAGUUCAAUAGACCGAGGCAUUACGGAUAGAAGUGAGGAAUAAUCAUUAGACUACUGAAUGACCUCUAGAGCUGAAUAACUGCAGACAGACAGUUCAAUGGACCGAGGCAUUACGGAUAGAAGUGAGGAAUAAUCAUUAGACUACUGAAUGACCUCUAGAGCUGAAUAACUGCAGACAGACAGUUCAAUGGACCGAGGCAUUACGGAUUGAAGUGAGGAAUAAUCAUUAGACUACUGAAUGACCUCUAGAGCUGAAUAACAUCUAAGAGGACGUGGCAGGGACCUCUACUGAAGUCUAAAGAGGUUUAGAAUCUAUUCAAUGUCAAUCCAUCAACAUGACACAAUCUGUUUGUGAAGACGGAUGCAAGGUGUUUUGGGUGAAGAUCGAUUAUGACUGAAACGAAUGAACCACAACUGGGUUUUAUUCUGUGUGGAGAAAUGUGAAGCGGGUUAUCCGGUAAACAGUAAAUCACAUUUCAAUGGCCUAACCGGUAGGGGAUAGAAUACCAAACAGACCUUAGAUCAGCUUCUAGGGACAACUUAAUCCUUUAAAUGGCUCAGUGGGAGACUCUAAAGACCACCCUGAGAGAAGAGUCCACUCACAGACAGACAGAGACAGACAGAAAUCCUGUUUAUUUAUUCACAUGUUCACUUGACAACGCUGCAUUUAUUUAUUACCUUUAUUUAUUAAUUGGCAGCUGUGUUUCUCGCUCUUUGAACUUACAAUUGGUUGACCGAUUGGUUGACUGAUGCUCUUGGGAAAGUUGCUGUACAACGGUUUGUUUGUGGUUUUUACUGUUAUGAUGGGACAAAUUUUGGGGGGGAUGAUUGGACUUUUGGACUAUUGUGCCUUUACCAAAUAGGAUGUGUACAAAACAACAAAGCAUUUUAUUCUUUCAAAGCAUUUUCUACAGCAUUUUGAUAAUUUGCUUGUCUUUCUUAAUAGCACAGUGCACAAUCAGUCGAAUAGCACAGUACACAACGCCUAAUUCCUGCCUUCAAUCUCUUAUCUGGCUUCCAGGGGCCUGUUGGGCAAAACUAGCUACCAACAGAUCCCACAACAGCAAGGCAACCUCUACUCCAACCUGUACAGUGGUCAUGUGUACAACACAAUAGUAUUCUAUACAUAUACAUCAUAGUCUUCUAUGAACUAACGACAGUGGCUAAUUUAUUUCCGUUUUUAGAUUGACAGUUGCCUCUUCUCCGGGGUGUAUUUUAUAGUUGAUUAUGUAGGUCUGACUGGAGGAUAUGAUCAGCGCUUGCUAUCUCCUGUGUGCUUCUUGGCGCUCGUCAAACUUGAAAAACGUGAGGAUCAGAGCUAAAAGGGAGACCGUAUGAAUAUUUAUUUUGCACCAUCAUCGUAAGCUGCUAUACAUAAUUUGACUAAAACAUGAUUGAAAUAUUCCUCAUAACAAAUCAUUAAUACACAUGUAUUUACUAAUGAAACAUAAUUAUAUAUGCCAUUCAGCAGACGUUUUAUCCAAAGCGACUUACAGUCAUGCGUGCAUACAUUUUUACAUAUGGGUGGUCCCUGGAAUCAAACCCACUGUCCUGACAUUGCAAGCACCAUGCUCUACCAACUGAGCUCCAGAGGAAAUACAUGAUACAGGGUUUACAAAGAGUUUACUUAUACUUAAUCAACUGUUUAUAUGUAGAGCUUCCAGUAAAGCACUGCUAAAACAAGUUCAUAUGGUUGCAUCCAUACUCCCUAUAGCUUUCUCCAAGGAGAGCCACAACUGAACACACAAUCACUGGUAGCCUCCAUGUUACCUACCUACUGUCUUUACUUGGGGCUGGGGGAUGUUUUUAUGCUUGAGGUAUAAGUUGCUCUUAACCACAGGUCUGUGAUCAGAUUUUUCCUACCCCCAAUCCUAACGUUUAUCAUUAGGGUUUGAAAACACACCUGACCCCGGGCCUGUGGUUAAGGGCCACUUCUACCUACUUGUGUUUUUUAUACAGCUAUUUUGUGACAGAGAAACUGAUUGCACAGAUUUUUGUGAUCUCUUUUCCAUGUAUGUUUUCUACUGCAGAGACCACCGCUGAUUGGUCAGAAAUAAUAUGUCUUGUUUAUUUCAACUGCCUUUUUAUAUCUUAGUAGAUGCUGUACUCACCCCCUCUACUCCUCCCCCUCUCUAUCCUCCACCCUCCCUCCUCCCCUUCUACUCCUCCUUCCUCCCCCUCUCUAUCCUCCUCCCCUCUCUACUCCUCCCUCCCUCUCUGCCACAUUCUACUACUUUUGCUCUCCUCCCUUUCUCUCUCUCUCUCAUCUGUUCAUCCCCUCUCUCAUAUCUGUUCAUCCCUUUCUCCCCCUCUUACUUUCUCUCACUUUCUCUGUUUCUCACUCUUACUCUGCUGUCACUCUGUGUUACUCUUCGGAGUACUUUUUACAUUGAUGAUACAAAAAUAAAAUCUUUUAAUAAAUUA